CAAGUCAGUGACAUAAUCUAAGUGAGUCUGUUGCAAAAUGCUGGCUGAGUUUUUCAACGUUGCAUCGUGCUCUCAUUGCACAUUUGUUGCAUUUGAAACCAGGCCCUAACAUAGAAAUACAGAAUCACACGCAUAGUUUAGUAACCAGAUAACGUUUAGUAAGUUAAAAAGAAAGAUCAGUGCUUCUUGAACCAGCCAUCAGUGAGCUAUUAGUCGUUUUGAAUAGUGCCAUGGUUUGUUCGGUUUUUACUACGAGACUCACUCAAUAACAUAUUUUGGAAGAUAAACAUGUACUUUUUUCUGAUCAAUUGUUUUGCCAUGUUAGUAACUGUAGCUAAAGGAGGAGCUACUCACACAAAUUCGAAAAUCGAUACCUAUCGGAAAGCGGAUUAUCAGUUCACAUAUUCUGUGUACAACGACUACUCCGUUGAUAUUAAAAGUCAUGAGGAAUCACGUAAUGGUGAUAAGGUUUAUGGAAAAUAUAUAAUAAUUGAUCCAGAUGGUUUCAAACGAAUUGUUGAAUAUACUGUAAAUGGCAAGGAAGGAUUUGUGGCGCGUGUCCGACGUGAACCUACUUAUUAUAGAGUACCCACUUACAAAAAUUUCGUAUCACAAUCUUUGGUGGCAUCUCGAGCCUCUCAUCGCGUUUCGCUUAGAUCACCCCGAAUAAAUUAUUCAUUCGGAGAUAAGGUGAUUUAGCGUUACUUAAUGAGCUUCAAGACAUAAAAUAGUUCAUUGUGGAAAUUGUUAAUUCAGUGAAAUACAAUAGAAAAUUAUGAAUACAAGAGCAGUCGAAGAGGAA